AUGAAAAAAACUUGCGAAAUAUGUUAUGAGCAAUAAAAUGUAUUAAUAAUAGAAUGUGGACAUAAUUAUUGUAAAGAUUGUUUAAAGAAUAUGUUUUUUCAUAAUGGAUAGGUAGAUUUAGAAACUUUUGAAUGCCCAUAAGAGAAAUGUAAGUAAAAACUGACUGAGAAAACUUUAAAAUUAAUAAUUGAAGAUUUUCAAACAAAAUAUGAGUAAUUCCUAAAAUAAGGGAUUUUAUUUGGAAUAAAUAACAAUGAAAAACUAAUUACUUGUCUUAAUAUAAAGUGUAAUUCAUAAUUCUUAAUAUGGAAAAAUGCAGGUAUUUCGAAAAAUAUAUUAAGAUUAUUUUAAAUGUUAAAAUUGCAAAAUGGAGUUUUGUUUAAAAUGUAAAUUAACUAAACAUAAUGGUUAAACCUGUAUUCAAGCAUUAAGGCUUAAAUAAAUAACAAAAACCAGAUUGAAAUUUUUAAAAUAAGUGGAGAAUUCAUCAACUCAAAAAAUUUGUCCACAUUGCUUCAUAGUUAUAGAAAAGUAUUCAGGUUGUAAUUUUAUGACAUGUUAAUCUAAAUCUUGUAAUUCAAAAAAAUACUUUUGUUUUUAAUGUGGAGAACCAUUAUAACAUUCUGAAUCAAAAGAUCAUUUUGAGGAUAGUGAUCCAUUUUAUGGAAGAUGUAACAUAAAAAUAAAUGGAAAAUGGGUUGAAUAAGAUAAACUUCCAGCAAAUAAUGUCCCUUGUCCAAAAUGUAAAAGUUAAGAUCCUUUAAAAAGUAAAAUAGAAGGAAAUUUAUUAAUAUGUACUAGUAAAUAAUGUGUUGAUAAAAUAUUUUGUUGUAUCUGUUAAAUUUAAUUAGAUGAUAAAAGCAUUCUGAAUCAUUUGGAUAAACAUGAAAAAAUUAAAAUAUAAUAGAAAUCGUGGUUUGAAAAGUUUAAUAUUUUUAAGAAAUGA